GCCUUUCUGGUCUCUGUAUUUCCGUCUUGAUCUUCUCUGAGGUGCAGCUCCUUCUCUCUUCCUAUGUUUCUCUCUCUGUCCGUGUAUCUCUCAGUCUCUCCCUCGGUGUGCCUUUUCUCUCCUCCCUCCUCUCCCUCUCUGUCUGGGCCUCUCUCUGUUCCUCCUCCAUGCGCCCUCCCCCUUCUGCAUUAUCAGACCUGCUCUAGCCUCCUCCCAGAGCCAGCCUAGCAGCAGAGGCAGUAGCAGCCUGAGAGGCAGGCGGAGCCGGAGCAGUCCAGGCAGCAGAGCUGGAUCGGGUGUUGAGUCCAGGCAGAGUCAAGAACCAGCCAUUGCUCUCGCUUCCUGUGCCUGCUGGGAGUGCCCCAGCAAGAACUCCGGACAGGGUGGGGGGCAGGGCGAGGUGCCACCUUAGUCUGGCUGGGAAGGCAGAUGAUGAGGAGUGAUGGGGCAGGCAUGCGGCCACUCCAUCCUCUGCAGGAGCCAGCAGUACCCGGCAGCGCGACCGGCUGAGCCGCGGGGCCAGCAGGUCUUCCUCAAGCCGGACGAGCCGCCGCCGCCGCAGCCAUGCGCCGACAGCCUGCAGCCAGCCAGGACCCCCUUGCACAGGAGCCAGAACCCCCAGGGAGUAGAGCCGACGGACUGGAGGAUGCUUUGCUGAGCCUGGGCGCCGUUAUCGACAUCGCUGGCCUGCGUCAGGCUGCCAAGGAUGCUCUCUCAGCUGUACUCCCCAGAGUGGAGACUGUCUACACCUACCUGCUGGAGGGUGAGUCCAGGCUGGUGUGUGAGGACCCACCUCAUGAGCUGCCGCAGGAAGGAAAAAUCCGAGAGGCGGUGGUCUCCGGGAAGCGGCUGAGCUGCAAUGGACUGGGCCCCUCAGACCUACUAGGAAAGCCCUUGACUAGGCUGGUGGCUCCACUGGCUGCUGGCACCCAAGUGCUGAUCAUACCCCUGGUGGACAAGGAGGCUGGAACUGUGGCAGCUGUCAUCCUGGUGCACUGUGGCCAGCUGAGUGACAGUGAGGAGUGGAGCCUUCAGGCCGUGGAGAAGCAUACUCUGGUGGCCCUGCGGAGGGUGCAGGCUCUGCAGCAGUGCAGGCCUGAAGCUGUCCACAACACCUCAGUGGAUGUCUCUGAAGAUCAAAAGGAUGAGAAGGGGUACACCGACCAUGACCGAAAGAUCCUGCAACUGUGUGGGGAACUCUAUGACCUGGAUGCCACUUCCCUGCAGCUCAAAGUCCUUCAAUAUCUGCAGCAGGAGACACAGGCAUCUCACUGCUGCCUCCUGCUUGUGUCAGAGGACAAUCUGCAGCUUUCCUGCAAGGUCAUUGGAGAUAAAGUGCUGGGAGAAGAGAUCAGCUUUCCUCUGACCAUGGGACGCCUGGGCCAGGUGGUAGAAGACAAGAAGUGUAUCCAGUUGAAGGACCUGACCUCUGAUGAUGUGCAGCAGCUACAAAACAUGUUGGGCUGUGAGCUGCAGGCUAUGCUAUGUGUCCCUGUCAUCAGCCGGGCCACUGACCAGGUGGUGGCUCUGGCUUGCGCCUUCAACAAGCUUGGAGGACACUUGUUCACGGACCAGGAUGAACAUGUGAUCCAACACUGCUUCCACUACACAGGCACGGUGCUCACCAGCACCUUGGCCUUCCAGAAGGAGCAGAAGCUCAGGUGUGAGUGUCAGGCUCUUCUCCAAGUGGCAAAAAACCUUUUCACUCACCUGGAUGACGUCUCUGUUCUGCUACAGGAGAUCAUCACCGAGGCCAGAAACCUCAGCAAUGCAGAGAUCUGCUCGGUGUUCCUGCUGGAUCAGAACGAGCUGGUGGCCAAGGUGUUCGAUGGCGGUGUGGUGGACGAUGAGAGCUAUGAGAUCCGCAUCCCGGCGGACCAGGGCAUCGCGGGCCACGUGGCGACCACGGGCCAGAUCCUGAACAUCCCAGACGCAUACGCCCAUCCGCUUUUCUAUCGCGGCGUAGACGACAGCACUGGCUUCCGCACGCGCAACAUCCUCUGCUUCCCUAUCAAAAACGAGAACCAGGAGGUCAUCGGUGUGGCUGAACUAGUGAACAAGAUCAAUGGGCCAUGGUUCAGCAAGUUCGAUGAGGACCUGGCCACAGCCUUCUCCAUCUACUGCGGCAUCAGCAUCGCCCACUCUCUCCUGUACAAGAAGGUGAACGAGGCUCAGUACCGCAGCCACCUGGCCAAUGAGAUGAUGAUGUACCAUAUGAAGGUCUCUGAUGAUGAGUACACUAAGCUUCUCCAUGAUGGGAUCCAACCUGUGGCUGCCAUCGACUCCAACUUUGCCAACUUCACCUACACUCCUCGCUCUCUGCCUGAGGACGACACUUCUAUGGCCAUCCUGAGCAUGCUGCAAGACAUGAACUUCAUCAAUAACUACAAAAUUGACUGCCCAACUCUGGCCCGGUUCUGCUUGAUGGUGAAGAAAGGCUACCGGGAUCCACCCUACCACAACUGGAUGCACGCCUUUUCUGUCUCUCACUUUUGCUAUCUGCUCUAUAAGAACCUGGAGCUUUCCAGCUACCUCGAGGACAUCGAGAUCUUUGCCUUGUUUAUUUCCUGCAUGUGUCACGACCUGGACCACAGAGGCACAAACAACUCCUUCCAGGUGGCUUCGAAAUCUGUGCUGGCUGCGCUCUACAGCUCGGAGGGCUCUGUCAUGGAGAGGCAUCAUUUUGCUCAGGCCAUUGCCAUCCUCAACACCCACGGCUGCAACAUCUUUGACCACUUCUCCCGGAAGGACUAUCAGCGCAUGCUGGACCUGAUGAGGGACAUCAUCUUGGCCACAGACCUGGCACACCACCUCCGCAUCUUCAAGGACCUGCAGAAGAUGGCUGAAGUGGGUUAUGACCGAACCAACAAACAGCACCACAGGCUUCUUCUCUGCCUCCUCAUGACUUCCUGUGACCUCUCUGACCAGACAAAGGGCUGGAAGACCACUAGAAAGAUUGCGGAGCUGAUCUACAAAGAGUUCUUCUCCCAGGGAGACUUGGAGAAGGCCAUGGGCAACAGACCGAUGGAAAUGAUGGACCGGGAGAAGGCCUACAUCCCUGAGCUGCAGAUCAGCUUCAUGGAGCACAUCGCCAUGCCCAUCUACAAGCUGUUACAAGACCUGUUCCCCAAGGCAGCAGAGCUGUACGAACGUGUGGCCUCCAACCGUGAGCACUGGACCAAGGUGUCCCACAAGUUCACCAUCCGAGGCCUCCCGAGUAACAACUCGCUGGAUUUCCUGGACGAGGAAUAUGAGGUGCCCGAUUUGGAUGGCCCUCGGGCUCCUGUCAACGGCUGCUGCAGCCUUGAGGCUGAGUGAUCCCCUCUGGGGACCCUCCCUGCCCAGCCCUCUUUCCACAGCUCUCUGUCAGUCUGUCUGAUGCAUUGGGAACCAGAGCCAUGGGUCCUGGGUUCUAGGCCAGGAUGUCCCCUGUGACCCGGCACAUACUACCCUUCCUGGGCCGGGCCUCAGCUUUCUCAUCUGUAGAAGGGAAGCAAGAUCCCUAGUCUCACACAGACUUGGCCAUUUGUUCUUCAAGAGCUCAGUGGUGACCAGUGGCAGGGGGUUCCAUUCUGCACCUCUGACCAUACCGUGCCCAGUCCUGCCCAAGCUGCUCCAUCCCUGAGCACUGCCACGGUCUCUUCUGUUACCCUGUUAUAGCGCUACUAGGUCAAUAGCCUUGUUUUCCUGGAGGAAUCCCCGUUCCCUGGGCACUCCAAGAUCCUCACGGAAGAGACUGCUGAGUGAGCAGAGGGUAUACAACAGUCACCAGCUAGAAAUAGCCAUAGGAUGAGGUGUCCUGAGGACACUCCUGUGCUUCUGGUAGGAUUGGGACCCUUGGAGGAAGCUGACAGCCGGGUAAUCGGGAAGAAAGUGCUCCGGCAGAAAGGACAGAAAUGAUGGACAGGGAGGAUCCUCAAGCUGGGAGACAGCCCCUUAUGCGCCCUUCAGGUGGUGUGGCCCCAAGCAAGUUCCUUUCCCUAGCUGGGCAAGACAGGAUCCUUAGACAGCCUAGUCUCUGUUUAGAUCAAAGUCCCCACAGUUCUGUGGAGUCCGCGAGCGGCUGUGGCAUGCUCUGCCACCCCAAGGCACAGAGAGCCUCACCUUUCUUUUCCUCUGAGUGUAUCUCCUUGGCCUGAGCCCCUCUCAUUCCUGCCGUGAGGGAGGGGCCUGGCCUCACCCCGCAGGGCUUCUCUCCUCUUUAAGGCCAUAUCCACAUGUGCCCCAGGGGCUCAGGAGACUCCCCCUCGGGCUGGGCCUCUUGGGUGAGUGGCCACUGGCUUCUCUUGUGUUUUGUUCCGUGUGUACUGUGGGUGGGGGAGGGGCCACCUGCCUUACCUACUCUGAGUUGCCUUUAGAGAGAUGCGUUUUUCUAGGACUCUGUGCACCUGUUGUAUGUGGUCCCGUGGGCUGAGUGCUUUGUACACGAGAAUAAAUCUAUUUCUUUCUACCAA